UUAUGUAACAAUGAAUUAGUGUUAUGCCUAUUGUUUUCAGCUGUCCAUUAUGUGUAAUACUACAGUAGUGUUAGGCCUAUUGUUUCCAGCUGUCCAUUAUGUGUAAUACUACAGUAGUGUUAGGCCUAUUAUUUCCAGCUGUCUAUUAUAUGGAAUACGUGUUUGUCCUUUUGUUUUCAGAUGUCUAGUAUUGAAAUACUGCAAUAGUGUUCUUGGUGGCACCAUCAGCAACCAAGGAACUUGGAAUAGGGUGGCAUCAUAACCUAUAAAGGACAUUGGAAUAGGGUGGCAUCAUCACCUAUUAAAGAACUUGGAAUAGGGUGGCACCAUCACCUAUAAAGGAAACGAGAAUAGGGUGGCACCAUCACCUAUAAAGGAACGAGAAUAGGGUGUCACCAUCAGCUAUAAAGGAACUAGAAUACGGGUGGCACCAUCACCUAUUCAGGAACUUGGAAUCAGGUGGCAUCAUCACCUAUAAAGGAACUGGGAUUAGGGUGGCACCAUCACCUAUAAAGGAAACGAGAAUAGGGUGACAUCAUCACCUAUAAAGGAAACGAGAAUAGGGUGGCAUCAUCACCUAUAAAGGAAACGAGAAUAGGGUGACAUCAUCACCUAUAAAGGAAACGAGAAUAGGGUGGCACCAUCACCUAUAAAGGAAACGAGAAUAGGGUGGCAUCAUCACCUAUAAAGGAAACGAGAAUAGGGUGGCUGAAUUAUCCGUAUGAGAGACAGACUUUUCCAUUGUAGACAUGACAAAUAAAGUUACAUCUAUCGGGAACAUGAAUUCUACUUUGCAGGAUUCUCCGUUGCAUCGUAUCCUCAAACCAAUUCAUGUUUCUAUGCAGAUAUUUGGGUUAUUCUUUUUAGACUCAGUUAAUGAAAAUCGAGAAAGAAGAAACACAAACUGUCAGAAAUGUCAGUCAUCUUUUUGGAAAUGGUUGUGUGUUUGUUCCACGGUGAUUUCAUUUUCUGAAUAUCCUGCGGUACAUCCCGUCUUUCUGGGUAGGACUAGACUACGUACCGGAUAUAACGGUUUGGAGGAUAAUCAAUUUAAGUUGGUUGUUACAGUGCUUUACUAACCGCGUUUUAAUGCUCAGAGCUUGUUGGUCACGUGACCAUCUACAGAUUUUCUUCCGGAAUUUGAAUAAAAUAGUUGCUGAUACGACCACGUCCAGUAAUACAGUUGAUGAAAAAUAUGACGAAUGGAGAAAAAUUGUGAGAUUUCGUACAGUUGUUGCAUGGAUUUUAACGUUCGUGAGUUUCAGUUCACUAAUAGUACAGUCGGUGACGGAGUAUAACGAUGACUUUGAUACAGGGAUCGCCAAUCCGUUCCCCCAUCGCAACAAAGCGGUAACCUAUUUCUUCCUCUGUCUUCAAAUUUGGGAAGUUGGGGCUUGGCUAUUUCCGAUAUUGUUCCAAGUUACUCUAUUCACGUUCCUAAGCCACCAAUUUUCAUCAUUAGAUAAGGAUAUAAUCCGAAUGAUAGAAGAGAAUGGCGAGAUGAUUUCACAGAAGGUAAAGGAUAUCCGACGGAAGCACCUUCAGUUGUGUAAAGCCGUGUCGAUCUUAGAGCAAGACACACAAUACUUUAUGGCAGCGACUUAUGUCUCCAAUAUCUUCCUGGUUUGUUUCAUCGUAUAUCAGAUGGUGACUUCAGGAACGUUAUCAAUAUUUACCUAUGUAUCCUUCUCCUCCUGGCUGAUGAUGAACACAAUGAUAACAUUGACGGUAUCCGUCACAGCAGCCCAGGUCAAUGAACAGGCACACUCUCUCCUGGAAAAUAUUUAUGACGUAGAUAUGAGUAAGGCUUCUACUUUUGAAUCCCUUGAGAUGCAGAUGUUUCUGUCCAAACUUAACGGACCUGCCAUAGGGUUCACGGCGAUGGGUUUCGUCACCGUUACUAAAGAAUUCAUUCUUACGCUCGGGGGUAUCAUUAUCACGUACUUCUUCCUCCUGCUUCAGUUCCAACUGUGAUACAGAUGUUUCUAAAAUUACAACAAAAUGAGGAUCCGUGACAAAGUAGGGGGACGUAGACAAGACCUCUGUGAAUGGACAAAUUAACAACUGAACUUCGACAAAGAAUCUCGCCUGACUGAUUUACAACAGAAGAUAUUCACGCCAAUACAUUACCUCUUCACCAUAUUCUUGUCGUGGUCAUGAUUCUUUUAACGUUUUGUUAUUUUUGUUGGUGUAUCUUUUUAAAACUUAUUCAUGAAAAUCUGUCACUGCAGUAGAUGCCAAAGAGUGGAACUAUAUGAGUAAUGCACAGGUCCUAGCCUCGUCUGUCAAUACAUCAAUAUAUAAUCUUGUUGCAUUGACAGACAGGCUAGGACCUGUGAGUAAGGCUUGGAAAAUCUGUAACUCUAGUCAGAUAUAAAACAACACACGUAAAACUCAUGUACUUUCUUAUCUUUAUUGUUUUAAUAUUGACAAAAAAAUCUUACAACAUACACGAACACUAUAUCACAUAGCAUAGAGUUUCACAGUACACAGAUAAAAACAUCUACUUAGCUAUUCAAAGCUUCCGCAAUGAAUGUUAAAGUGUUAACUUAAAAUUACUUUAUGAUAAAAAAAAAGCAGCGAUACAUAAAACUAUAGAACAUUUUCUACAGAUAUAACCUUUGUCUUCUGUUGAGGAAUGCAUGCACUAAUUUUGUAUAUUUUAAAUUCUAAUAUGAUCACAUUGAAUACUGUUGAACCUUAGAAUCACGUAUUACACAAUCCACUGCUCACUGACUAGUGUUACAACAUUUUUUAAAAGAAUUUGAUUUGAUAGAUGAACUGAUUGUACUGCAAAAGUAAGGUUAAAGUUUGAUUUUUUUUUUUAAUUCUGACGACUUUUUUCAUGAUGGAAAAUGUUAUUAUUGAACUCCUAUAGUUACAUAAUAUUCCUUGACCAAGGAUAAUAAUUUGUGAGCUACUCCGAGACGACUAUGUUGCUGUGAUAUAGCCAUAUACAAAGCUUCAACUUAUCAUUAUUAUACAACAUCAAUUAUCUAUUCUGAUGUUGUUAUGUAUCAAAUGUAUCCAUCUGUUAAAUAAAGUUCUGUUCUGUCCAUAAUACAUAUACCUUGUACCUCAGUGCUGAUAAAUAUAAAUAGACCUUACCAUUGAAUGGUAAACUGCCUCCAGAAUAAUUCAAUGCGAGUGUUAGCAAAUUGGAUUUCUUUUGAACAUAAAAGAAACAUUUUUUCUGGUAAUUUCAGAGGUUGGGCAAACAUUGCACAAUCAUUUCUUGGUCACAGAGUUCAUCUUGUACAGGAGUAACACUAUAACAUCCUAAUAUUGUACCACAGUUAUCCUAGUAAUUUUUGCUGGCUCGUCUAAUUUGUGUUGUGUGCCUUCAGUGUUUGAUUGCCUAUGUCAAAUGAAGCACUACAGUAGCACAACCAAACCAUAAAUCACAUUAUAGGUGUGUAAAUUUUUACAUUUGGAAAAAUCCUUUAAAAAUUUAACAACAACACUCGUUAAACACUUAGUGAUCUUAAAACAACUUACCAAAAUGUGCUUCAUAUAUUUCUGAGCUUGCUUGUCACAGACACCACAUUUUAUAUACAGAAACAUGUUGAGUAGUACUACACUCUAUUGUAACACUGGUUACCUACAACUCCUCACAUUUUGGGUAGAUUUUGCAUAUGUUACACAACGUUUCUAUAUAUGUAUGUGAUAGGUAUAUAUUUGCCGACAUGAAAAAACUGCAAUAAUGGUUGAAAUUACAAAUAGUUUAUACGCUGAUAAUAUUAUAUAUUAAUAACAAUGUUGUAUGUAAACUGUAACAAAAUAGCCUAGACCAGUCGUUCCAAAAACUGUCCAAAAAUAAAGGUACGGACAGAUUCACCUGGAAAACAAGACUAUAAACAAUCAUAACCGGUAAAUCAUUUUAAAUUCAACUUAAUAAAAAUUAGCAGGAACGAGAGAUGUUGCUUAUAAACCCCAUCAAUGUUGACCUUCUAUAAGUAUCACAACUAUGGCUUAAGGAAUGGUUAUAUACACAAUGAUUAUAAAAAAGCAAUGCAUUUUACAGCCAUCAAAACAUCAUAUUUCAUAUAGUAAAUGUCUCAAAUAGUUUGAUAUUUUCAAAACACCAUUGUUACUAUCUUUGGAAUAGCUUGUCUCACACUGAAAUACUCUCAAAACAGGUUACUCUGUACUGUAACACUCUCAAAACAGCAAGGUCCACACUUCAUUACUCUCAAAACAGAAUGCUAUGUACUGUUAUACUCUCAAAAACAGCAUGGUCCAUACUGCAAUACUCUCAAACAAGCAAGGUCUGUACUCCAAGACUCGUAAAACAGCAAGGUCCACACUUCAUUACUCUCAAAACAGAAU